AUGUCGCCACUCACGGCCGUAGAUCUCUUCACGGGCAUCGGUGGGGUGUGUCGGGGGCUCGAGGGGCUCGUCGCGCCCGUUCUGCACUGCGACAUAUCCCAGGACUGCCAGAAUGUGCUGCGAGCCAGAAUGGAGGACGGAUCCAUCCCGCCCUGCCAGAUCGUCGGGGACAUCAAGGAGCUGACGUUCGACGAAAGCCACCGCGAGCCGGUGCAGAUCAUUCUCUCCUCGUGGCCUUGCACGGGUCUGUCGAUCAUGGGCAAAAGCGAGGGCUUCGGCAACCCGCACUCUGCGCUCUUUUACGAGGUCAUGAGACUGAUCGACGAGACGAAGGCGCCCGCCGUAUUCUUCGAGAACGUCCCGAGAGUGUUGACGCUCGUGAUGGACGACGUAAUACAUGAGCUCAACACUCUCCGGGGCUACGACGUGAGAUGGAUCGUCGUGCCGGCGUCGGCGGUAGGGGCACCUCACGUGCGCAGCGCCGUGGUCCCCGAUUGCGCUCGCCUGGCAUUCAUGAUGUUGGUCAGCGGGUUCAGGGAGACGGACGUCGAGGCGAGCACCCUGGAGUUCCAGCACCCGGACAUCGAGAGUAGCUCCGUGAGGCUGGUGGAUGUGACAUGCAAGGGAUGGCCGCGUGUGGGGUUCCUGGGAAACACGGAGGAAGGGCCCCUGGUGUACGCCGUGCGCCUUCCCGCUUUCAAGAGACCCCGUCUGCACAUUCGGCUGAGGGGCCACGAUGCGAUUCCAGAGAAGCUAUUCAAGCUAGUCUCGACGCCGAUCGUCCUAGGCGAGCGCUCCAUCCCCUCAUGGUCCACUCCGCGCUUCGGCAGCAUCUGGGCAUGUAACGUUCUCACCGAACGCUCCAUCCGCGACUUGCCCAUACAGCUCAGGUUCGCAAUAGACACACCGGCCGAUCAAAAGAGCUGGCACAUGAGCGCGGACUUCUGCACGUGGCUGAUGGGGUUCCCCCCGGCGUACACGGUCACUCGAGCGCCCCCAGGGAGCCCGAGGAUCCCGAAGAUGGCACCGACGGUGGGCGUGAAACGGAAGGCGGCGACGAUCACGUUGGCGGCUGAUACCGACGGGGGACGCGCGAAGUCGGUCCGGGACGCGAAAGGAUGGGCGGCGGACUGGGGUGCCACGAUACGGGCGUUGACCGCGACGAAGCAGGGAGGGGAGGACGCAGGCUAUCGCGCCGACACCAUGCGGAGCCCUCGGGGCGGGUUGCUCGUAGAUUCGGACAGGAGCAUGCGGCGGCGGCUGAUCUCCGACAUCAACCAGGGAAGGAGCGAGAUGAGUUCGAUGCUGGCGGAGAUGCGAGACAGCGGGAGGGUGCCACCUUUCAUGGACGAGCGGGAUCGGCAGCUCCGGUAUAGGGUGGCCGUCUUUCGGAAACGGCUGAUCGGUGAAGGGCGCGAAUUUCGCGAGGAGCUGAUUCCGGAGUGGACGGGUCGGUGUGCGAUGUGUCUGAGAGAGGGCCUCCCGCUCAAGGAAAUGGGAUUGGUGGAUUACGAGUGGGCCUGCGGGAGUUGUCGUUCUGGGAGUCGCGAUCAUUCGAUUCGCGAUGGCGUCCGCCGAAAGAUCGACGAGUGGUUGGCGGAGCUAUCGCGUACGACGACCGGGGAGCUGAACGAAACGAUACUUCAGCUUCGGGACGUGCGAGACAAGAUAGUCAAGUUGGCAUCCGAGAGAAAGACAUCCGGAGAGGAGGAGGUCGAGAGAGAAGUUGUACGAGAGUGGGAAAAGAGGGCAUUUGAAACGAUUUACUGUAACGCACCGUUAGAGGAGUUGGACGCCCGGUCGUUGACGUUAAAGGAGCUCGACGAGAUGCGGACUUCCGAAACGAAGUUGAGGGACGACGUCGCGAAGCAGCACCAGACGGUGUUCUAUGAGAGGAAUCUUCUAACCUUGAUCGGGAAUUCGGUGAAGCGGAGGCAGAGUGAUUACAUCCGGCGAUUUGAGGCCCGUGAGAGAAAGUUCUUGAAGACAGACGAGGCCAUAUGCCGCUGGAAUGAACAGGAUAUCCCUGCAUUUUUCGACGUCCCUUUGAGAGACCUGCAGCAUUCCAUCACCAAAUUGACAGACGAAGCCAAGACAGCAGCAGCCGAGCUCCGGGUCGAGAGACGGAAGAUGCAUCAGCAGUUUGUGGUUCUGCACGAGAAUCUCUAA